AUGCCGUUGCCCAAGCAAACCCAAGACCUAAUAUUCGCACUUCAAGCGCUCGUCUUUCGACUCCGUCAGCUCAAAAAAGAACGGCAAGGCUACUCUAAGGCAAAGCAUCGAGAGCUUGCGAAACUGCUAAAAGAAGGCCGGGAAGACUUCGCUCGUAUCAAGACGGAAGAUGUCAUUUCGAACGAUAACCUGAUUGCCGCACUUGAGGUGCUCGAGCUGCAUUGCGAGCAGCUGCAAGUUCGGGCCAAUAUUCUGGACCACCUCGCUUUUGGGCAGAAGAAGAACAAAACACCAGCGCGGCACAGGGGCAAGGGGAAACAGGAUACCCGACCGAGAAACUCCGCUGGCGGAGGUAGAGCUGGUUCACACCCUGCUGGCGAGGGAUCUAAACCUGCUUCUGGGGGCGGUUGGGGAAUUUGGAACCUCUUCGGGUUCUCUUCGACAUCUGCCGCUUCCUCACAACACGUCGCCGAUAGCCAACCGGGCCAGUCCUCGGAUGAACCAGCGCCCCACGCUGAGGGCUACGAUGAGGAUGGCACAGAACAGCAAUACGAAGUUUAUAUAGACCCCGAGCUUGACCGCUCUGCAGCGGUGGUUUUCUAUUCCUACGCGCGAAUACCUCGUGAUAUUCCGGGUCUAUUAGAAGUGAAGAAUAAACUAGCUCUACGAUGGGGAGCUGAUUUUGUCAGUAGAGCACAGGAUGAUGAUGACCUGCCAGUGGAACUACCGGAGGUUCUACUGGAUAGACUACGAGUUCGAAAAGCCCCGGAGUCUCUAGUAGAGAGUUAUCUGACCGAGAUUGCAAGGAGCCAUGGGAUUCCAUACGGUGAUGUAGAUAUAGCUGAACAACAAGAAACCGAGCAGGAAGGGACAUCAACAAAUGGUGCUUGCCCUGCAGAAACGAAGCAGGGCGAAGGACAGCCUACACAAAGGCCAUCUGUAGGCUCUGAGGCGAGCAAUGCUGCCGGCGUAAAGGAUACUGCGAGUAAACUUGGAGGUAUACCUGAAGUGGAUGAGCUUGCACGGAGGUUUGCGGCUUUGAAGAAGUGA